AUGAUUUUGAAGAAUUUGAAAACUUUUUAUAAAAAUUUAACAUCAAUUUCCAACGAUGAUUCAAUAAAUAACUUGGCGAUUUUUUUUAAAGAGAAUAAAGGAAAAUUAUCAAUAUUAAGUGGUGCAGGAAUUAGUACAGCUUCUGGAAUACCUGAUUAUCGUGGAAUAAAUGGAGUUUAUAAAACAAAUAAAAGUUACAAGUCAAUAUUAUAUAAUGAAUUUGUUUCACAUCAUCAUAUUCGACAACGUUAUUGGGCUAGGUCAUUUUUUGGAUGGAAAAAUAUAUAUUCAGCAAAACCAAAUGAAACGCAUUUUGCAAUUAAAGAAUUGCAAUCGCUUGGAUAUAUUCAAGAUGUUAUUACACAAAACGUAGAUGGGCUUCUUCAAGCUGCAGGAACUCAAAAUGUUUUAGAAUUACAUGGAACAUUACAUGAGUGGGUAGAAUUUUCCAAAAUUUUGGAAAUGUCCAAGGCCAAUCCUAAAACAAACCCUGAUGGUGAUAUUGAAUUACCUUCAAACAUUACCUAUGAAAAUUUUAAUUAUCCAUCAUGCGAACAAUGUGAAUCAGGACUUUAUAAACCUUCAGUGGUGUUCUUUGGUGAAAAUAUUAGGCCUGAAGUUAGAAAAAAGUCAACCGAAAUCAUUUUAAGGAACAAAAUAUUAAUGGUUGUUGGAUCGACGCUUACUACGUAUUCAGCAUAUAGACUUGUGUUUUUGGCAAAAGAAUUAGGAAGUCAUGUUAUUAUCCUUAAUUUAGGAAAGACACGAGGUGAUGAUUUAGCUCGUUUAAAAAUUGAACGAUCAAGUGAAGAAAUAUUAUCUGUUCUUACAAACCGUCUAAACAUACAACAAAAUUUAUAA